CAGACCGCCGCUUCCUCCGGCCGCCAUGGGGACGGGCCCCGGCGUCUCCGGGCGCUGCGCGGCCUCCAGGCCGGGCCCCGGGAUGCCCUCCCGGGACCCCGAGCCCUGCUGGGUGGCAGGCCGCGCCCGCGACGGGGAAGGCCAGAGCCCACAGGCUGACCCGAGGCCAGCCUCCUUGCAUCUUUCCCUUAGCCCAAGAGCUGGAGUAAAUGUGAUGUGUCCUUGGGGAGGAUCCAGUGGAGAGGGGGACACGGUAUGGGAGUGGGUGUGCCACCACGCUGACUGCCAGCAGCUGCACCGCCGAGGACCGCUCAACCUCUGCGAAGCCUGUGACUGCAAGUUCCACAGCGCCAUGCAUUAUGAUGGGCACAUCCGCUUUGACCUGACUCCGCAAGGCUCUGUCCUGGCCCGGAACGUGUCCACCCGGUCAUGCCCCCCACGCACCAGCCCUGCAGUGGACUUGGAGGAGGACGAGGAAAGCUCAGUGGAUGGCAGAGGGGACCCAAAGAGCACAGGCCUGAAACUUUCCAAGAAGGCGAGGAGGAGACACACAGAUGACCCAAGCAAGGAGUGCUUCACCCUGAAAUUUGACCUGAAUGUGGACAUUGAGACAGAGAUCGUCCCAGCCAUGAAGAAGAAGUCACUGGGGGAGGUGCUGCUGCCUGUGUUUGAGAGGAAGGGCAUCGCACUGGGCAAAGUGGAUAUCUACCUGGACCAGUCCAACACACCCUUGUCCCUCACCUUUGAGGCCUACAGGUUUGGGGGACACUACCUGCGGGUCAAAGCCAAGCCAGGGGACGAGGGGAAGGUGGAGCAGGGAGUGAAGGACUCCAAGUCCCUGAGUCUGCCAAUCUUGCGGCCAGCCAGGGCCGGAGUGCCUGCCCUGGAGCGCGUGGACCCCCAGAACCGCCGGGAGAGCCUGGAUAUCCUGGCCCCUGGCCGCCGGCGCAAGAACAUGUCAGAGUUCCUGGGGGAGGCGAGCAUCCCUGGGCAGGAGCCCCCGACGCCUUCCAGCUGCUCUCUGCCCAGCGGCAGCAGUGGGGGCAGCGACAGCUGGAAGAACAGGGCGGCCAGUCGCUUCAGUGGCUUCUUCAGCUCAGGCCCCAGCACCAGCGUCUUUGGCCGGGAGGUGGACAAGAUGGAGCAGCUGGAGGGCAAGCUACAUGCCUAUGGCCUCUUUGGGCUGCCCAGGCUGCCCCGGAGGCUGCGCUUUGACCAUGACUCAUGGGAGGAUGAGGGGGAUGAGGAGGAGGAGGGGGAUGACGACUGCCUGUGGCUGGAGGACAGCUGGCGGGAGCUCAUUGACGGCCAUGAGAAGCUGACCCGGCGGCAGUGCCACCAGCAAGAGGCGGUGUGGGAGCUUCUGCACACGGAGGCCUCCUACAUUAAGAAGCUGCGGGUGAUCACCAAUCUGUUCCUGUGCUGCCUCCUGAACCUGCAAGAGUCCGGGCUACUGUGCGAGGUGGAGGCGGAGCGCCUGUUCAGCAACAUCCCUGAGAUCGCGCGGCUGCACCGCGGGCUGUGGAGCAGCGUGAUGGCGCCGGCGCUGGAGAGGGCGCGGCGCACGCAGGCGCUGCUGCAGCCCGGGGACUUCCUCAAAGGCUUCAAGAUGUUCGGCUCCCUCUUCAAGCCCUACAUCCGAUACUGCAUGGAGGAGGAGGGCUGCAUGGAGUACAUGCGUGGCCUGCUGCGCGACAACGACCUCUUCCGGGCCUAUGUCACGUGGGCCGAGAGGCACCAGCAGUGCCAGCGGCUGAAGCUGAGCGACAUGCUGGCUAAGCCCCACCAGCGGCUCACCAAGUACCCGCUGCUGCUCAAGUCGGUGCUGAGGAGGACGGACGAGCCGCGCGCCAAGGAGGCUGUCGUCACCAUGAUCGGCUCGGUGGAGCGCUUCAUCCACCGCGUGAACGCGUGCAUGCGGCAGCGGCAGGAGCGGCAGCGGCUGGCGGCCGUGGUGAGCCGCAUCGACGCCUACGAGGUGGUGGAGGGCAGCAACGACGAGGUGGACAAGCUCCUGAAGGAGUUUCUGCAUCUGGACCUGGCAGCGCCCAUCACCGGUGCCUCCCCGGAGGAGACCCGACAGCUGCUGCUGGAGGGGAGUCUGAGGAUGAAGGAGGGGAAGGACAGCAAGAUGGAUGUGUACUGCUUCCUCUUCACGGACCUGCUCCUGGUGACUAAGGCAGUAAAGAAGGCCGAGAGGACUAAGGUCAUCAGGCCCCCGCUGCUGGUGGACAAGAUCGUGUGCCGGGAGCUGCGGGACCCUGGCUCCUUCCUUCUCAUCUACCUGAACGAGUUCCACAGUGCUGUGGGGGCCUACACGUUCCAGGCCAGUGGCCAGGCUUUGUGCCGUGGCUGGGUGGACGCCAUUUACAAUGCCCAGAACCAGCUGCAGCAGCUGCGUGUGCAGGAGCAGCCAGACAGCCAGCAGCACCUGCAGAGCCUGGAAGAGGAGGGGGACGAGCAGGAGGAGGAGGAAGAGGAGGAGGAGGAAGGAGGAGGGAGUAGCACUUCGGCUGCCAGUUCCCCCACCAUCCUGCGAAAAAGCAGCAACAGUCUCAACUCCCAGCGCGGUGCCUCAGAUGGCUCCACGGAGACCCUGGCCAUGGUGGUGGUAGAGCCUGGGGAGAUGCUGUCCUCUCCUGAGUUCGAGGGGGGCCCCUUCAGCUCCCAGUCGGACGAGACCUCUCUCAGCACCACUGCCUCAUCGGUCACGCCCACCAGCGAGCUGCUGCACCUGGGCCCCGUGGACGGCCGCUCCUGCUCCAUGGACUCCGCCUACGGCACCCUCUCCCCAGCCUCCCUGCAAGACUUUGGGGCCCCAGCCCCUAUGGCAGAGCCAGUGCCCCGGCCUCCAGAGCUGCCACAAGCCCUUUCACCCUCGCCUCGCCUCCGCCGCCGCACCCCUGUCCAGCUGCUGCCCCGUCUGCCCCACCUACUCAAGUCCAAAUCUGAGGCCAACCUCCUCCAGCUGCUGUCAAGGGCCACCAGCCAUGGGGCACCCCCAGCCCCCAGCCGCAGCCUGUCGGAACUCUGCUUGGCCACUUUAGUCCCUGGUGCCAAGUCUCAGGGCCCCCCUCGGGAAACAGGACCCAACUGGGAUUGCCGGGGAGGAUCAAGACCUGGCAGUGACCUCGAGCCGUCAGAGCUGGAGGGCAGAACCAGCUGCCCAGCUGGGGAGCCCCAUGCGCCCACCUGGAGGAGCAGAGGGCUGCCCUCAGGGGCCUCACCCAGGGCUCAGCCUGAGCCCCCUCCAGGGAUCUCUGCCCAGCACAGGAAGCUGACGCUGGCCCAGCUCUACCGAAUCAGGACCACCCUGCUGCUGAAUUCCACGCUCACUGCCUCGGAGGUCUGAGCAGAGGGAGGCCCCCACGGGUGCCACAGAUCAAGGGACAGCAGACAGCGUGCCUCCUGGGGCAUGCCAGCCCCUGUUCCAGCUGCUGCCCUGUGUGUGUGCUAGCUGGAGUGCCAGGCAGGAUCCCUGCCACCAACCACGCCAGGGCCCGAUUUGCACUUUGCCAUACUGGGUGGAACUGCAAGAGGCCUCGGCAGAG